AUGGCCCCCAACGCCGCGGGCGCGCCGCCGUCUGCCGCGUCCCUGAAGGAGCUGGCAAAGCCCGUGGGCAGUGUCCAGGACAAGUGGAAGCUGCUGCCGUACUUCCUGCAGCUCCGCGGCCUCGUGAAGCAGCACAUUGACUCGUUCGACUACUUCACGUCGGUGGACUUGCGCAACAUCGUGCGCGCGCAAGCGAACAACGUCGUGCGGAGCGACGCCGACCCCAAGUUCUUCCUCCAGUACACGGACAUCCAGCUCGGCGUGCCGUCCAUCGACGAAGAGGCGUUCGUGAGCACGAACGUGACGCCGCACCAGUGCCGGCUGCGCGACCGCACGUACGCCGCGCCCGUCUACGUGAGCGUGCGCUACCGCCGCGGCAACAAGAUCGUGACGAACAACAAGGUGCUGAUUGGCCGGAUCCCCAUCAUGCUGCGCAGCGCGCGCUGUGUCUUGGCGGGCAAGAGCGAAGCCGCGCUGGCCAAGCUGAAGGAGUGCCCGUACGAUCCCGGCGGCUACUUUAUCGUGCGCGGCGUCGAGAAGGUCGUGCUGAUCCACGAACAGCUGUCGAAGAACCGCGUGAUCAUUGAAGAAGACGGCAAGCGCAACGUGUGCGCGAGCAUCACGAGCUCGACGCACGAGCGCAAGUCGCGGACCAAUAUCUUUCUGAACAAGAGCCGCGUCUACUUGAAGUCGAACUCGUUUGCCAGUGACAUUCCCAUUGUGAUUGUGCUGAAAGGCAUGGGCGUGGAGAGCGACCAGGAGAUGGUGAGUCUCGUGGGCAGCGAGGCCGACGUUUGUGACGCCAUGUCGGCCUCGUUCGAAGAAGCGUCCGACUUGAAGGUCUUUACGCAGCAACAGGCGCUCGAGUAUAUUGGAGCCAGGAUGAACAAUCAGACGAAGAUUGGCGUGACGGGAGGACGCCAUCGUGGCGGCUUUGGACGGCCAAUGCAGGACCGCAACUCGGUCGAUGCGGCGCGCUCGGCGUUGGCGAAUUUGGUGCUGAACCACGUUCCGUGUGUGAACUUUAACUUUCGUCUGAAGAGCAUUUACGUGGCGCACAUUGUGCGUCGCAUUCUGUUCACGGACAAGGACCGCACUCGGUUGGACGAUAAAGACUACUAUGGCAACAAACGCCUUGAGUUGGCAGGUCAGCUGCUGUCGCUGCUUUUCGAAGACCUGUUCAAGAGGUUUAACAGUGACCUGAAACGUCAGGCUGAUAUGGUGUUGAGCAAACCGAAUCGCGCGUCAGUGUUUGACAUUAUCAAGUGUGUUCGCACGGACACAAUCACACAGGGUUUCUACUAUGCACUGUCGACAGGGAAUUGGACGCUGAAGCGGUUCCGCAUGGACCGUGCAGGCGUCACACACGUACUUUCGCGGCUUUCGUAUAUGUCGGCGCUAGGUAUGAUGACACGCAUUUCGUCUCAAUUUGAGAAGACGCGGAAGGUCUCGGGACCCCGCUCUCUGCAACCAUCGCAGUGGGGGAUGCUGUGUCCGGCUGACACUCCCGAAGGCGAAGCUUGUGGUCUUGUAAAGAACUUGGCGUUGCUGUGUCAUGUGACUUCGGACGAGGAACCCGCUCCGAUCAAGCGGCUUUGUUUCGACUUGGGUGUGACGGAUGUGUCGCUAAGUUCCGGUGAAGAGAUCAACCACGCAUCCAACUACCUCGUGAUGCUGAAUGGUGUUAUCAUUGGUACACACGUGAACCCGCGCGCGUUCGUAACUCGUUUGCGUCGUAUUCGACGUGCUGGCUUGAUCGGCGAGUUCGUGUCUGUUAUGAUUCAUGACGUACAACGCGUUGUGUACAUCGCUUCCGACGGUGGACGCGUGUGCCGCCCGCUGCUGCUAAUCGAUCCAGUGACGCACUGUACUCGGCUGACUCAGCGCCACCUCGAUGAGCUACGUGCUGGAGUGCGCAACCUCAGCAGUCUAAUUGUAGAGGGUUGUGUCGAGUAUGUGGAUGUGAACGAGGAAAACAAUUGUCUUGUAGCGUUACACGAAAGUGAAAUCGGUGACCGGACGACGCAUUUGGAAAUCGACCCGGUAACGAUUCUAGGUGUUGUGUCGGGUCUGAUUCCGUACCCGCAUCACAACCAGUCCCCGCGAAACACGUACCAGUGUGCUAUGGGAAAACAGGCUAUCGGCACCAUUGCCAUGAAUCAGUUUGAACGAAUCGACACGCUGCUAUACACGAUGGUGUACCCGCAAAUGCCCAUGGUGAAGACCCGCGUGUUAGAUCUCGUGAACUUUGAUCACGUGCCGGCAGGACAGAAUGCCAUUGUGGCUGUGAUGAGUUACUCUGGCUAUGAUAUUGAAGAUGCGAUCGUGCUGAACAAAGCAUCAUUGGAUCGUGGAUUUGGUCGCUGCAUGGUGUUCAAGAAGUACCAGACGAUGAUCAAGAAGUACGCGAAUGGCUCGUACGAUCGCAUCGUGGGUCCGCCGGAUUUCGACAGCUUGGCUGCUUCUGGUGCAGCUGGAAUGGGCUUCCGCAACGCCAAGUUCUCGUCGCUGGAUGCGGAUGGUAUUAGCCGUGUUGGUGGUAUCGUUCACAAUGGCGCGAUCAUGAUCAACAAGGAGCAGCCAACCCAGUUCAACGACUCGGUCGACGGACGCGAUCCGCUGGACGUUACGUACUCGCCUUCGCCAACGACAUACAAGGGACCUAUUCCAGCUUACGUUGACAAGGUCUUGCUGACUUCAUCCGAAGCCAAUCACUUUCUGGUGAAGGUGUUGAUCCGCCAGACGCGCAGACCUGAAAUAGGCGACAAGUUCAGUAGUCGUCACGGACAGAAAGGUGUGUGUGGUACGAUCCGCAACCAAGAAGACAUGCCGUUCAACGACCAGGGUAUCUGCCCUGAUCUGAUCAUGAAUCCUCACGGUUUUCCAAGCCGAAUGACCGUGGGCAAGAUGAUUGAGUUGAUUGCAGGGAAGGCUGGUGUGCUCACGGGUCGUCGUGCGUAUGGUACGGCUUUUGGCGAGAAGUACGGUUCUGCUGAUCAUGUGUUGGACUGCUCGCGUGAACUAGUGAAGAACGGCUUCAAUUAUGCUGGCAAGGAUUACCUGACAUCCGGUAUUACAGGCGAGCCGAUCGAGUGCUACAUCUUUAUGGGGCCGAUCUAUUACCAGAAGCUUAAGCAUAUGGUUAUGGACAAGAUGCAUGCUCGAGCACGUGGCCCACGCGCUGUUCUUACUCGUCAGCCGACCGAAGGUCGUUCGCGCGACGGUGGUUUACGUCUUGGCGAAAUGGAGCGCGAUUGUCUGAUCGGGUAUGGCGCCAGUAUGUUGCUCAUGGAGCGCCUCAUGUUGUCCAGUGACGCUUUCAGCGCCGACGUUUGCCAGGGCUGCCGCAUGUUGGGCUACGAAGGCUGGUGCCAGCACUGCAAGUCCGAAGAAAAGGUGGUAAGCAUCCGCAUUCCGUAUGCUUGCAAGUUGCUGUUUCAGGAGCUGCAGGCCAUGAACAUUGUGCCGAGACUGACGUUGAAGGAGUACUAG